AUGCUGACAAUUUUCGUACUUGGAUCAGAAGACUUUGAUGAUAAGGACUCAGGCAAAGCCUCAGAAGAAGGAAUGGGCUUCGACGACAAUGGAACAGGUCCUGGCGAUACUUCGUUGGAUGAGAUUGACCCCAGCAGAUUCUCUACCAACGAUUCAUGUCAUGUUGAAGGUUCUGGUCCAAGUGACCUCUCUCAUUUUGUACCGAUACAAUUGAAGCAAUCUUUACCAGUAGAAUUAUCCAAAAAACACAAUAAGUUUCUCGAUAUUGAAUCGAAACAUGAAACUGUGUGCUUCAUAUAA